UAAAUACAACCCCGCCGCACCACUGACACCCCAAAAAUUCCAACCCAGCCCCGCCGCAGCAACACCCAGGGUCCCACUCCGGUCGCCAACCAUCGCAGCACCACCACCACCCGAAACCGCCCCACCUCCACCACCCCUCUAACCUUCCCUCUACACGGUCUCUCUCUAUAUCCGAAAGCUCGAAAGUUUUCAGUGAUGGGGAAGCCAGGUUCACGCUCAGAAUCUUCGACCAACGCAGACCGCAAGUUCGAAAAGAAGCUCGAAUUUUAUGCCAAGGUUAGAGAUGCAGUUUCUUCCUUGGGUGCUCAGAAGGCUAUUGUUAAGAAGAAGAAACUACGUAGCCGACAGAAGAAACUGAAAGCGUAUGAUCUCUCUUCUUUCUCAGAAUUCCUUCCUGAGCUGAAAGAGAAGCAAUCCACUGCUGCUUCGGAGUUCAAGAUAAAUUGUAAAUCCAAGAAAAAGCUAGUAUUGAAGGAAGGAAAGCAGUUGACUACAGUUCUUAAUCAUCCCACUUUCAAGUCGAAUCCCUUGGCUGCCAUUCAUCAACACUUACAGAGUACUCAGCCAGUCGAAGAUGUCAAACCGGAGAAAAGGAAAAACAAAAGUGGAAGCAAGAAGAGGAAAGAAAAGAAAUCUAAGGCAUCAGCCGGACCCCAAGCUAUGGAUAUGUGAGUCAAUAUACAGACCCUCAUCUAUCUACCUUGCUGACUCGGUUUUGUUCAUAUAUCAUCGUGAAUGUUCCAAUGCUCAAACUUUAAAUUUGCAAUUUUGUUAGUCUCACUGGAACUUGUAACAGAUUAUAUUUCAACAAAACAAUCUGAAUGCAGUAUGUUAGGAAAUUUUGAGCUCAAAAGAAUGUUAAUUGUGACCAUGCA